GAUUUGGUCAGAAAUGCACUCAAGAGUCAUUACUUGAACAUUAUGAAGAGUGGAGAAAUGACUAAGAAUAACGGAAUCGUAUGGAUCAUUCAUAAUUUAUGGCAGAUCAAGGUCGCAAUCUUCCCAUCCAUGCUUCCUAAUUUCGUUGAUAAAGAAGCAAAAAGGUACAUUUUUAGGUACGCGAACCUUGAUUUUCAGAAUAUGCAGUUAAAGGCGAGAAUCUUUGUGAUGAAAAGUUGGAUCAAAGACCAACUCAUUAUGAAAAAUGGCUCUAAAAUUCAGUCCUUGCUUAGGAAUUAUAGUCAGCCAAAUUUGGUUGAUAAAUAGCGAGCUUAUGAAAUUUAACACAGAUAUUGGAGGAGGGAGAGUCCCUUUUGGUAUGAAUCUAUCAUUGCCAAAGAACCUCAAAUCACUCAAGCGAUCACAAGUGAGAAGAAUAUCAAUGUUUUCAACUACAAAUCUUUUACAGGCGUCUGUGCCAACGAAUUUCUUCGACAGUGUGAAAGGGCCUAAACUAGUAGAAGAACCUGAAAAAGAGGAGUAUAAGUACCCAAACGAGAGCUUAAUAAAGAAAUCUAGGCCUACCUCAGUGGCUGGAAUUCUGUACCAGAGCAUCCUGAAGGACAAGAACAGGAAGAUCGGUGAGAUAAAUAAGGGUCAGAGCUAUGGAUUCAUCAGAGAUCUUAGUGAGAAUAAUAAUAAAGGAUUUCUUGGAUUCAUUAAUGACUCAAAGAAGGCAAGAUAUACAACAAUUCAGUGUAUGAGAUACAUCUAUAACUCGUAUAGCAAACAAAGCUGCUUUUAUGAGCAGAAACAAAGGAAAUAACCCUUUUAAGAGGCUACCUGUCUCUAAAACUGAGAUUGGAAGGAAAAGACCACUACUUUUCAAUCAAAAUGAAGACAAAACAAGUAUGAAUAAUUACAAAAUGGCCAAAACAUUUGCUGGCAAUAAAGAGAGGGAUAACUCAGGGUCAGAGUCUAGCCUGAUCUCUCAUGAGACUUCAUUUGGAGAAGACCCAUAUUUAGGAUAUAUACCCGAUCCUACUAAAUUUUGUUAUCCUGACCGGAUAGUGCAAAAUAAUGAAAUCACUGAGAGUGAAGUUAUCACUAUCAUCAAAGGAGACAAGGAUAUCAAGAAGCUUCAAGCUGAUCAAGAUAGUGGAGUCUGUCCUCCUACUUAUUGCAAAGAUGAAGAUUCUUUUCUUAAUUCUAAACAUCCAAACAUUAAUGAAGCACAAGAGAAGCUUAAAGAGUUAUUAAAGAGUCAAACAAGUCUUGAGAAGAAAAUUUGAACACUCAAGAGCACAGAACUUAAAAGAGUGGCCAAGGAAUACUGAUGCAAUUAUAUUUUCCAGAGCCGGUAUGGAGCCAGAAUCAAAGACAUCAUCAAGGUGCUUUUUGGGGAGGAGAAAUACGAAGUUGAGUUUAACAAAUAUCUAAAAUCUUCUCAUAAUCUUACCUAA